CAGUAGACUUUUCUAUGCAUUGCGGAUAAAUUUUCUGCACUUGUCCUUCUUGCAACAGACGACUUUUUAGGUGUUUGUUGAUAGUCAAUAUUGCAAAUACUGGCGAUCCACCAAGAAUGCAUAAAUUAUAAUUUAUGACAACUAAAAAAACGUUGAAGAGCAGUUGUGUAACUUAGCAGAGUGCCAUGAUUAAGGAUCGACUGGUUAAUUUAAUUAACGAGUACAUUGGAGAGUUUGUGGAGAAUAUAAAUCAGGAUAACCUGAAAUAUAGUGUGUUAGGGGGUAAUGUGGAGCUAAAAGAUUUGGUUUUGAAGCCCAGGGCUGUGGUGGACUUCCUUACACUACAGUUUGGCAAGGAACAAGCAUUUGAAGUGAAAGUAGGGCACUUAGACUACAUUCGCCUCUCAAUACCAUGGGGAAAUUUGUUUGGAGGGACGGAGGUCCGUCUAGAGCUGGACGGACUCUACAUUCUACUGAGCCCUGUUACCAUGGAUUCCUACAACAAACAGAGAGUGGAAGAGAUGGAGCACAAACUCAAACAGGCCAUGCUCAAAGCACUAGAUCCUUCAGUCCUGCAGAAAGUCUCUAAGGAAGCAGAGAAACACCCUGGCCUGUUUGAGAAGAUUGGAAAAUACAUUCUGAAUAACAUUCAGAUAAAAAUUAGUAAUGUACACAUUAGAUAUGAGGAUACAGUUUCAAACCCCGGAACCCCAUUUGCUGCUGGGGGAAUCCUGGGAGGGCUUUACAUAUUUACAACAAAUGACAGAUGGGAGGAGGUGGAAUUAGACAGCACUGCUAAAAUCCUACACAAGCUUGGUAAGGUGUCGGAUUUUUCCCUGUAUUGGAAUUCACGGGUCAGCAGUAGUGAUCUUGUGGGAGGCAAAAAUCUCGUUCAGUCGGGAGAUUGGAAGAGUUUAUUGAAGCAAUCCAUCAGGUCUAAGGUGAUUUCAAAAGACAAAUUUUCUUCAGUACUGACUCCAUUUACUGCGGAGGCCAAGGUGAUUUUAUAUAAUGUGGAUGACUAUAAGAUGCCUAAGCUGUACAUACAACUAUCUAUAGGGGAUGCUACAGCCAGGGUGUCACACAAACAGUAUUUGAGUGUCACAAGAUGGCUGGAAUUUUCCAAAAGGUUGGAAGUGAAUCGGCGGUACAGGAAAUUUCGCCCCACAGUAUCUGUUAAGAAGAACCCCAAGUCCUGGUGGAGAUAUGCUUAUGAUUCAGUCGUAGAGUUUAACAUUAAACCUUACAUGUGGCCUCAGAUAGUCAAGUACAAGCAAGACUAUGUAAAAUACUGGCAGGUGUACAAGCAACACCUGGAAUCUCCUAAAGACCAGAGAAUUAAACAGAAGGUUGAACAACUAGAAAAAUCAAUGGAUGUCACCAACAUUCUAAGGGCCAGGACGGAGGCUAGGCUCAAGUUUAAAGAAGAAACAGGAGAAAGAGAAAGAAGAAGGAAAGAAGAACUGAAGAGGAAACAAGAGGAGAAGAAAAAAGCUGGGGGAGGAUGGUUCAGCUGGUUCUGGGGAGGGACAGAGGAAGAGGAGGAAUCUCUUGAUGACCUCACCACAGAAGAUGAAUUGUUUGAUUUGUCUGAGGAAGAGAAACGGGAAAUCUAUGAAGGAGUGGGCUACAGUGAGUCAGAAAGCCCACAGAGCAUGCCCAAAGAGUAUGUGGCAUACAAGAUUCAGCUGAGGGUCAGACAAUGUUGUGGAUGUCUGACCAGUACAGAGGCCCCGGAAUCAGCAUGUAUUCUACAGAUUGUACUGGAGGACAUGCUAACCUCUUAUGAAAACAGACCUGGAGGUCAAGGGGUCAGAGUUGUGAGUAACACAGAAAGUUUUGUGAUUUCUGGAAUUUCAUUGGACAACAAACAGGUCAAAUUACUGACCUCUAAUGGUGGAAUUUACACAUCAGAUCUGACUGGUCAGAUGUUUACCUUGGAGUAUGAACUUCGACCUUUGCAUAUUAAAGCUGACCAAUCACUGAAGAUGACAGUACGACCUGUGGAAAUCUUCUACGAUCAACAUGCCAUAUCAGAGAUUUUCCGGUUCUUUCAAUCUUCUGACCAUGUGAUGGACACAGACAUGAAUGCCCUCGCCAUGGAGAAGUUGAGUGGAGUGGUCCAGUACAGUAAAGAUAUGCUUCUGUAUGCCAUACAGCAGCAGUCGUCUUUCUAUGUAAAUAUACACAUGAGGUCCCCUUACAUUGUGAUACCAGAAAAUGGGACACUUCACACAGGAGGAAAUGUUUUAGUGGUAGACUUUGGUACGUUGUCUGUAGAGAGUGACUUACAGGAGAAACCAGAUGAUCCCAGGGCAUCCCUACCUCAAACUUUCCUCCAGAACCAGAUGUAUGACAAAUUCCAAGUCAAGAUCAGCGAUGUCAAGGCUCUUAUUGCUGACUCAGGUGAAGAUUGGCCUCAGUUCCAGACCCAGGGUAACUCUAGGUUUCAUGUCCUGCCCAGUACACAGCUGUCAGUAUCCUUCUACAAGACUAUUGUACCAGACAACUACCAGAUACCACAUCAGAAGUUUGAUGUCCAGUUACCUUCAUUGACUUUGAACCUGAAUGAUGAGCAGAUACUGGUACUGUACAACUUCCUGUUACACUUUCCCAGCCCCUCCCUUGUACCCCCAGGUGCAGAGACAACUCAAGAUGGAGGGGAAGUCAGUAGACCCAAACUGGUCCUUUCCGAUGUACAGUUAGAUCCAGAUAUUUCCACACUCCGAGCGAUCAGGAAGAGUAUCCUACGACGUCCUGUAGCCAGAGGACUUCUGACAGUGGUGGAGGAGGGAUUGAUGAGUACAUCUGCACCAAGUCCUAUACAAUCAGUGGAGGAUCUGUCAAUUUCUGUGGUGGAAGAUAUCGAUGAUGAAGAUAAAGAAUGGAAGAGUGAUACAAACAUUCGCUCAGUUGAGGACUAUUUAACAGACCGAGUCAAAAUGAAGAUGUAUGUAAGACUUCAGAUAGCUGAGAUGGUACUACAGAUCUCCCAGGGACACGGGAAUGAGGCUCGUGACUACCUGAUGUUCCGUCUGGACCGGAUCAGUGCCGACAUGGCGGUGUUGUAUUAUGUGGAGGGGUCAACCACCACGCCCCCGAGUCAGUGUGGGACGGCGGUGUUCGCCAGUGUGGGGGCCCUGAGUUUGGCUGACAAAUUAAAUAAAGGUACAUCUGGUGCUUACUUAGAAUUACUGAGGACAGAGUCUGACAAAGAACUGAUCACAUUCAGCUACAGACAGAUAAACAAGGAUUGUGCAGACUUUGUGUCGGUGUUUGAGAGCACGGAGAACAAAGCCACCAUUGUGUGUAACAGUCUGACUGUAAGACUGGACCAGACAGGGAUGUGCUACCUUAAAAAGUUUACAGAGGAACUACAAAACAGGAUAGCAGAGAAUGAAAAGAAAAGAUCUCAACCUCUGCCGGACUAUCUUGAUUCUGUUCCGCUCCGACGAAGUGAAAGUAGAGAUGCUUCAUCCAUGACAAGUCGGAGACUGUCACAGUUUGCAAGGAGAAUUUCCACCUUUGUUGAUGAGGUGGAUGCUGAGAUGACAAAAAUACAUGUACCGCCCAAACAGAAGAAUCUUGUCAAGUUUCUCUUGACCUCUCAAGUUCAGAAGGUCACCAUACAUCUCAGUAACCUUGAGAGCCAAGUGGCUGAGAUUGAGUUUAUUGGCAUGGACAGUCAGGUGUCUGUGGAGAAGAAAAAGGCUUGUAUAAGAAGUCAGAUAAAAGAUCUGGCCGUACUGGAUAAAACGACAGGCACACUCUACCCUCAUAUUUUAAUGCUGGAAGAGAAGGAUAGCCCUUUCUUCAAUAUGAAGGUCGAACAGUUCUGGCGAAGUGCCAAAAAGAAGCGUGGCCAUGGAGAUCCUGGAUUAGACUACAAUGUUCAGCUCAGGAUUGGAGACCUGCAGGUGGCUUAUGUCAAUAGAUUCCUUUGGGAUAUUACAAAAUUCUUUGAGCCUUUGAAGACUCCAGAAAUGGUACAGGUUGCAACAGCCACAAUGGAGAAUGUCACAAAACAGGUUGCUGAGAUUCAGCCCUCUGCAGUCCGGGUCGGUCUGAUGAUUGACAUGAAAACUCCCACAGUGAUUGUACCAAAGACUUCAAAGUCCCCAGACCUGAUGCUGCUCCGAUUUGACUACCUCCAAAUCCGGAACUCCAUUAAGUCAGAAUUCCUGGCUGAUGAAUCCCAGCAAGACUGGAACAAUGUCCGAAUCAAGGUCAAAGCCAUGCAAAUAAGCAGAGCUAAGAUCUUGAGUGAUAAAUUUGUUGUCAGCCAUAACAUAGCAGAACCUGUGGACUUUUUAGCUUCAGUCAGCCUUGCUUUGGAACCAGUCAAGUCAAAGGUCAUGUAUGAUGUCUCUGGAGAUCUCUUCCUCAUGAAGGUUAACAUGUUUCAAUCAGACAUUAGGUUGUUGAUGGAUAUCCUGAACAUGAACUUCCAGGAAGGGGCACCCAAGUCAAUGGAAGAUAAAGAGUUACCUCCCCCACAGACAGGAAGUGAAGAUGAGUUGCCUGCCCCUGAGACAACAGAAGCCCCCCCUGCCCCUACCACUCCAUACAAUGCAGUACUUACAUUCCAGGGACUGGUUGUACAACUGUUUGAAGAAAAACAGCAGGAGGAUCACUCACUAAAAGCCUCAAAGCUGAGCAGAAUUGAGAUAGGAAAGUUAGUGGGCCGUGUCAACACGCAGACGGAUGGAGAUAUCAGAACAGACGUCAACCUUUCACUCCAGACACUGUCUGUGGACGACACUCGGCCAAACAGUACCAUCAUCAGUAAAAGAAUUAUAGACUGUGAAAGGGGAACAAUCAAGAAAGAAGAGGAGGAGUUACUUCCCCUAAUUUCUGUUAUAUACAAGGAGAGGACCAAUGGGAACCAAGAGGCUGAUGUAAGAAUGGAGAAAAUCACAGUGAACAUCCACAUCACAUACCUACAGACCCUGUAUCAGUACUUCCUCCAGGCUCUACAGACAGACACACCCACCACCCCCUCCCCCAGGGACAGUACCAGUGUGGAUGGGGGAGAUUUCCCAGACUCUCCAGCACCGGAACCCCAGCCCACAGGAGUAUUUACAUUGUAUGGGACCAUCAAACAGCCUGAAUUUAUUCUUCAUGGAAGUCCGGGUCCAAAUGAUGACAGAAUUCUUGUUUUAGAGGCAGAUAUAGAAUUCAACAUGAAAAAUGACAGUUCAGAACAGAUACUGGGAUCAACAGUCAAAGACUUAAAAAUGUACAACUCAAGGAUAGGGUCCAAGGCAACCUCUAAACACUGGGUGAUACAGCCAUGUAAGGUAGACUUGGAGAGAAGGGUGGGGGAUAACCACGCCCACCACAAGGUGUCACUGUCGGAGCUGGAGGUGUAUGUGACACCACAAGUCAUCCGUCUGGUGUAUGACGUCUCCAAGAUGUUGACAAGUGAUGAGGAAACUAAGGAAGAAGUAAAAGAGAAGAAGGACCCCAAACAAUUCACCAAUCUGUGGAGUAUUCACCAAACCUCUGCCGGAAAAUGGCUAGACAAAAUAGAUCCAGAGAAGCCUUCUAACCCUCUAAUCCCCAAAAGUACCCCAUCAGAGACACUACUGGUUACCGUGGAGAAGAUCAAUGUGUAUUUCCGGAUCCGGAAUCUGGAUCACCAUGUGGAUUUACUCCAUGUGUACUGCUCUCUGGAUUCCACAAUCCAUGACUGGUCUAAACAGUUACAUAUGAAGGCUGACUUGGAACUGAAGGCAUCUUACUUCAAUGAGAAACUGAGUGUCUGGGAACCACUAGUGGAACCUGUCUGUGAAUCUGUAGGUGUAUACAGACCCUGGUGGACCAUUAUAAAGAUUGUAAAGGGCCGGAGCUACCCUAUGGCCUUUAACCAUGUCCAAGAAAACUUCAACAUGGAGGAUUGUUUGAGAAAUGAUGUUCAACAGCUGCUUCACCGCAGCAUGAAGCGGUCCAGCACCUCCGAGUCCGAGACUGACGAGUCCACAGAAAUGACUGUCCUGAGACCAAAGUUAACUGGCAGGGCAUCAAGACUGGCCAGUGAACGCAGUCAUGAAUCACUCAGUCAUCAGCCAAGUAUACAAGGAGAGUCUGACACAGAACCAGACGGGUUGAUUCAGAGCAUCACAAACAAACUUGGGGGAAUUUUCUCUGAUGACGACAGCAGUGAGGAUGCGGAUAUUAGUGACACGGAUGAUAAUGAUGAACUGUUUGAUCCCUCUUUGGAUAAACCUGUAUUUCUUACUCCUAAAGGGCCCAUGCAGGCUGGAAGGGGUAGAAGAGUUACUUCCUGUCCUCACUGCUCUUGCUUUGCACCACACAGAGAAGACUUGGAUGAAGUUGAUGCACCACUUUUGACGUCAGAACAGGACACCAUAGAGGAAGGAGAAGCAGGGGGUGAUGUUCCUCAGUCUUAUUAUUUUAUAAUGGCCUCACAGGACCAACUACUCCUCAAUGUCACCCCUCAGGCCAUUAAUGUACUGACUGACAUCAACAAGGCCAUGACAGCACCUGAGACACUGGAAAUGGACACUGUUAACCUACCAGCACUACAGAUAAUAAACAAGCUUGGUGUCAAUGCUUCAGUGACUCUGCAUCCAGAUGUCAAGAUUCACCCAGAAAAUAUAGAGGGUUGUCAAGUGUACAAAGAUGGGGAAAAUCCCCCCGCUUGUGAUGUUGACACUGUUGAUGCAAAUGGACUGGAAAUUAAAAGUGAGACCGACGAAGCUGAUGGACUGAUCUCAAACAUCUUGGGUCGAGUGGGUCAUGUGGCAGUGUCAGCAGGGGCAUAUGUGUUUGACAAUGAUGAGGAUUACUUGUCAGGACAGAAUCUCAAUAUCAACAGGUUCAGACUUCAUGUGGAUGGGUUCCACUUAUCCUCCACUGUGUCACACAGAAGGGCCUGUCGCCAACUCAUGCCUCUGUCUCCACACAAGGUAUCUAAACACAAGACAAAGUACUGGUACUUGUUAGACAUUGAUGUAUGGCACGGAAGGAAAGUCAUCAACUUCCUGUCUCCUCUACAGAUAAAGAAUAACUUGGAUAUGUCCAUGGAUGUGUUCUGUAAAACUAAAGAUCUGAAGACAUACCAGGAUGUGGAGAGUGACAAUGAAGAGUUCUCCAAACUGGUUACCAUAGAGACAGGACAGGUGUAUAAUGUCCCAUUGUUUGUAGCCUACCAUCUGGACUUGUUCUUGUGUCCCUCAGAUAGCAGCUACAAGAUGACACAGACAAAGAUUUGGUGGAAGGAUUUCUCAGGGAAAGAAAAAUCUAAGAUUUAUACCUGUCCUGUGGCAGAGGCUGACUUAGAACCAUUUUAUUUCAUGGUCAUCUGUUCCGAUGGUAGUAAACUGGUUCCCGCACAGACAGUACCUACAGGAGUCCCAUAUUACCAGCUGUCCUUAAGUCCACCAGUCAUACUUCAUAAUUAUCUCCCUUACAACAUCCAGUACUCACUAGAGGGGACACGGUCAGCCUUUGUGAUGCUACAGAUGGGAGAAUCCUGUCAUUUACACAGUGUGGACCUCAAACAGAGCUACAAAUUACAUCUACAGAUCCAAGAUUAUCAGAGUAUAGACUGGACAGGGGUGUAUGAAAUCACACAGGCCUUGGAAGAGUUCAAGGCUGUCUCCAUGGCACCAUAUGACUUUGGUAAUGAGGGAAACAACAACAAGUAUUUGACCUUGACUGUUCAUGCCACCCAGCAUUCUAUGGUUGACCUCUAUGUAUACAGUCCAUACUGGCUGGUCAAUAAAACAGACCUGGUUAUUCAGGUCAAGGGUUCUAAAUCAGAUGCUGUGUUUGAUUGUCCAUCAAACCUUACUUCUCCUGUUUUAUUCCGAUUCAAGAAAAAUAGACCAAAGAAGGCGAAGAUAAAGGUGUACAACUCUCGAUGGUCACAGUCGUUUUCUCUGGACACAGUAGGGAACUCUGGUGUGGUGAUCUGUAACGACAGAGAGAGGAAAACUAAGUAUAGGCUGAUGCUCCAGUUCCAGUGGUCUGAUCUGAAGCUGACCAGAAUUGUGACCAUCACUCCAUUCUUUCUGGUGGUCAAUAAGUCCUCUCGUGGUCUGAGGUAUAUGGAGGAGAAUGAGACCACAGAUCUGUGGCUGGACAUCGCAGAGGGCGAGUGUAAGCCCUAUUGGCCAGCCACAUCCAGUGAUAAAAUGGUGAUUAAAUACAGUGACAGUAACAUUACAUCAGAACACUUCCCAAUCAACAGUCUCCAUAACACUGUGCUGAGGAUGGAGAAUGGGACGGCUAUAUGUGUGGAGGUGUCGGGGGGACUAGAGACAUCCAGGACUAUCUCCUUCUCUGACUAUGACAUCGGUGAUGCUCCUGUACAGAUAGAGAACCUGUGUGAGGACGUCUUCAUUGUCGUCAGACAAAAGGGCCAGCACCAGAUGACAGUGUUGGGAGAGAACCAGUCUAUACUUUAUACGUGGGACAAUCCUACUGGUACACGCACACUACUGUGGAAUGUUUAUAAUGGAAAGAAAAGUCAGGAGUCCGAAAUAGACAUCACCAAGGACAGCUACAAUCCUAAGCGUCUGACCGUGAAGUUGGUCCAGUCCUCCAGUACGUAUAAUUAUAAUGACGUCACUGAUGGACGUGUCGACUCCAGUCCUGAAGAUGAGACAGACCCUGGGGAGGAAGAGGAAGAAGGAGGGGACAGUGUUGAUGGGGUGGAUCUAAGAUCUAGACUGAAAACAAAGGCUUACAAAAUGACAAUAUACUGGGUAUCCUUCCUGGACAGACAGCAGAGGGUGGUGCUAUUUACACAAGACCCUCGAGUGGCUGAGGCCGCAAGAAUGGCUCAUUGCUACGGAGUUAAUUCUCCACACUCGCAUCGGUUGCUGCCUACGAUGUAUGAAGGAGAACAUGUGACCUGGUUUUCCUUGAUUUCAUUGGACGGUAUAACCCUCUCAAUCAUCAAUGGAGUUUAUGAGGAGGUGGCUCUGGUUAGUUUGACAAGUCUGCCAGCUAGUUGGGAGAUUGAGGUCAAAAACAAAUGGAAGAUGUUGGAGGAUAUCACCUUGGUAACCUGGCUGGAGGACCAGUGGAAGAACGGUGUGGAUCAGGCCAGCUGGGAUACCAGAAUAGAGGUGGAUUUUAAGAACAUGAGAAUGACAAAACCCUACAUUGGAGACCUGAGAAGAGUUGCCUACCCUGGUCUGUAUUUCCAGCAUAGGAUGUCCGAACACCAGACUCUGAUACAUGCCAGAAUAUACAAAAUACAGAUUGAUAACCAGUUAUUAGAUGCUUACCAUCAGACUGUGUUAAGUUGUGUGCCUACCCCAGGCUACCUCGUGAAGAAGAAGGGGCCUAAACCCUGUAUAGAAUUUGGAAUGAUUAGACGAGUUGUACAAGAAAAUAAUGUUGAUACAUUUAGACAAUUUCAGUUAAUCCUUCAGGAGCUAAGAUUGGCUGUAGACUGGGGUUUUAUUGAGUCUAUUCAGGAUACAUUUGCUGAUCUAAUGCCAGCUGAAGCUACCGAGAGUGCCAAAUUACAGUCUGACAUUCUUGUUGCUCAGCGGCCUCUACAGGAAGUAGCUGAAGUCAUGGUUGAGAGACAGCCACAUAGAAUUUUCUUUGAGAUGUUCAAGAUUUCUCCAAUCAAGGUCCAUGUCAGUUUCUCUUUGAGGGGAACCCCCCACCUGACUAGGGAUGUCCAGCCAAGUGUUGCAUCUGACAUCAAAGGAUUCCUCCGUAAUUCUAUUGGAGCGACCUUCACAGAGGUCAAGGACAUUGAGCUCAAACUGGGUUUCUUUGAGAGACGAGGUGUCCUCCUCUCCUCCCUACAAAUGCAGACCCAGGCCCUCUCUCACUACCGCCAGCAGCUCAUGCUCCAGAUCUAUGUGGUUAUUUUUGGUCUAGAUGUUCUAGGAAACCCGUAUGGCCUCAUCAAGGACAUCACAGAGGGUCUGGGAGAGCUUUUCUAUGAGCCUUUGCUGGACACAAUACAGGGAGAGGAUGCUUUCUCCAGUAAUAUGGUCCGAGGAUUUGAGAAUGCCAUGGGUCAUAUUGUAGGAGGUACAGCUAACUCUGUUGCCAGGAUUACAGGAACUCUGGGGAACACGCUGGCGUACUUAUCCAUGGAUGAUGAAUUCCAGAAGAGAAGAGUGCGACGGUUACAGCAGCAGCCCCGAAAUCUUCCCCACAGCAUGGCAAUGGCGGGAAAGGGUUUUCUGUCUGGGAUGAAGUUUGGACUGCUGGGGGUGGUGUUAGAUCCCGUACAUGGUGCUUCUGAAGAGGGAGUUGAGGGGUUCUUUAAGGGGAUUGGUAAGGGAUUAUUGGGAUUGGUCACCCAACCCCUUGGAGGUGUGAUGGACAUGGUCAGUCUAGCAUUUGAUGGAGUCCGCAGGUCUGCUGAGAAUGAUGUUGUAGCUAUCCGAAUGAGACUACCAAGGUUUAUUAACCCUUAUCAUGGUUUAGAGCCAUACUCUUGGUACAGAGCCCAAGGGAACUUUAUCCUACACAGACUGCGGGAUGAGCAGCGUUCCUCCGGGAUUUUUGUAGACUUCGCUCCUCUUAGUUAUGAUGACAGAGCAGAUCUGCUGUUUAUCACCGACAGGACAAUUUUGAGCUUGUCAAAGAAUCGGUUUUCCCCGGGGUAUGACGUGAAGUGGGAAGUAGAACGAGAGAGGAUUAUGGGAAUUCCGGAAGUGACGGAGAAUAAAAUAGUCCUUACUCUCAAGGACAAGAAAGGUUCCUUAUUCUCUGGGAGUACAAUCGAGAUCUCUAGUCCAAACCCUGAAAUACUGAGGUGGAUCCAAGACCGUAUGGAGCGUAUUAUCAGACAACAGAUCUAAUAAGUACAUGUUUUCAAAGCUGGUGUGAAUUUAUUUUAAAAUGAACAAAAGAGAUUGAAUUUUGGCUGUGAUUUUUAGAAUGUAUGUUGACUUCACAUUUCAAUAGCUUAAUUGCUGAAUGUUUGUUGUUUUGACAUCUCAUAUUACACUUAUUUGCUUCUUGUUGAUGGUGGGUUAGCUAUUCUUGUUGCCAUAAGUACACUGUGUAAUAUAUAAACAUGUAUGUUUUAAGGGAAGACCUUGUUUCAUAAGCAGGACAUGCUUAACAUCAUUAAAAUUAUUACAUGUAUAGUCAAUUUAUCGUGAUAUACACUCAAUGUGCAAUACUUUUUAACAGCAUUUUACAAUAAUAUUGUUUUUGUUUAACUUGUUUACAUCUUGUAUGUACAUGUAUUUAACAUUCCAGAAUUACGUUGUGUUUAUUAGAAGUAUUUGUAAACUGUAUACUGUUGUACACACCCUCCCAAAUAUAAGACUUUGAGUAGUAAUGAUCAAAGGUAGUCUUGAUUUUAUUUUAUUCUAUGUUUAUAUUGGUAUAAAAUAAACUAGCAAGCUGCAUAUAUGAAAAAAAAAUUAACUGUCUUUGAAACUUUAAAUCACUGAAUGCUACAGUCCUACUAAGAAGAUAUGACUUUUUUGAAUGCAGUAUAGGUUAAUAUAAAUUAAGCUUAUUUUCCAGUAUGAACACUAUAACAUUGUCCUGAAUCUGGCUUCUUCAGAUAAAUGUAUUUAAAACUAAUGCCCUGUUCACACGGAGAGUUUAAUUCGCAGUAAAUUAAUGCGAAGUAAAAUGAUGCGAAUUAAACUAAUGCAAAUUAAAUUGCGUUCACACGACAGCUAAUGCGAAGUAAACUAAUGCGAAUUAUAAUUUUAUUUCUACAGCAAGGCUAUUCAGUGAGGCUAUUAUGACGUCAUUUACAAAUCACGUCAUAUUGUGCCCAGCAAAUAUACAUUUGACAUAAUGUCAGUGUCUGUGCACAUUUUAGUGUUAACGUAGUUUUCCUUUGUUUUCCGCUCAAAAAUAGCACAAGUACCUAUAUUUGACCAUCGACAUGUGGCCUGUGACUUAAUUCUGCCCUUACGCAUGCGUCAAAAUUUAAUUCGAAUUAGCUUCGCUUAGCGUUCACACGAAGCUAAUGCGAAGUAAUUUAAUGCGCAGUAAACUAAUUCGAAUUAAACUAAUUCGCAUUAAAUUCUCCGUGUGAACGCCGAUCAAAUUUAAUUCGCAGUAACUUACGUUUAAUUCGAAUUAAACUCUCCGUGUGAACAGGGCAUAAAUACUAGUACAUAUGUACUACAGUUGAACUUCGUUACCUCGAACUCUGAUAUCUCGAAUAUACCAUUCAUAUGUAGAAGUGAUCUGUAAGUCCCAACCACUUAUUCAUUAUAUUAAGAAUUUUACCAUUGAUACCUCAAAUCUUCAGAUAUGUUCAAGUUUUUUUCUGUCCAAUCGAGUUCAAGAUAACGAGGUUUGACUGUACAUGCACAACGUGUGUUAAAUUGUCAACAGGAGUAAGGAGAACAAAUCAUUGUGACUAGAUUGUUUGUGAUAAAAGUUUCACAGAUAAAGGAUACUAGAUGAUUGCUUUACAGAACACUUUAUAAAUUUAGUGCACAGUCAUUCUGUAGAAGUUAAAUAUAAAUUCAUAUUUAAAAUCUGACUGAUAUAUAUUUUUUUUUCAAAGGUUAUUUUUACUCUUAUUCUGAUUUAUAAUUUCCUGUCAUUGAAUUGAUCUUUGAAAGUAAUUUUUUUUUCAAGAAAAUAUACAAGAAAAACAUUUUUCCAUUAAAAAGAUUGUACAAACUGUAUUGUAACUUAUUAGUACAAUUAUCUAGAAUACUAAAUAUUCAAAUAAUAUUGCACUUCAUUAUUUUCUUGUUAUAUGUACAAUACUACUAUAAUAUACAAAUUGUACUUUAACCUGAACAUUUUGAAACUGACCUUAUAAAGGAUGAAUGAAUGCAUAGGUUUUGAUUGGAAUAUUAUCUUAAUUGAUGAACUGAUAUACAUUUUGGUAAAUUUUUUCGUAGGAAAUAUUGCAAGGUUCAGUCAUAUAUCUUUUUUCCCUAAAAGUGAUUGUAUAUUCGGUGUAAUGGAACUUUGAUAUCACGAAAAAUCAUGGGACUGUCCAAACAUUUGUAAUUAGUUGAGUGUUCCAGGUAUGUAUAAAUUUGAAAGUCAAAUUACUGUCGACUCCUAUAGGAGAUUCCUUAAUAUUUAUUGAUUUCAGCAAUAUUACAUAAAGCAAGAUUCAACUUCAAUUGAAGGAUAAUACAUCAUCCUGCCAAAUGUUUGAUGAGCAAAUAUAAUUUGUACAAAAAAAUUCAAAGUUUAGAUUUUAAUAUAUAAAACUAAUAAAAAGGAAUUAAUGAAAACAAAAUAAUAUAGUCUGACAUAAUAAAAAAUAUUUUUUUAAACACGGAAGUGGAAUGGAAUGUGUAUGCUAAUCAAAGGUUUAUAGACUCUGCACUAAAUUACUGGUAUUAUUUAAUGUGGUUUGAUCUGAGAUAUGGGUUUUUAUUGAUCAUUAUAAAACAUUUAUAUAUUUGGUUGAUUGGUUAUGAGUUUUCUUUGUAAGCCAGAAAGAAUUAUGUUGUUAUUUCAUAUUGCUUUGUUAAUAAAGAAACAAU